AUGUCCACUGCAGGCGUGGAGUCGUCGCGGCUGUUCGUCAAGAACCUGCCGCCUGCGAUCACAGAGGCCGAUUUCCGAAAACAUUUUGCUACCGGCGGCCGAGAAGUCACAGAUAUCAAGCUGAUUCCAAAGAGGAGGAUAGGCUAUGUUGGCUAUAAGACCCCAGAGGACGCAGCCAAGGCUGUGAAGUUCUUCAACCGGUCAUACAUCCGCAUGUCCAAGAUCUCCGUCGAGAUCGCGAGGCCCAUAUCAGACCCCUCCCUGCCGACUGCCAAAAAGACCGCUCCACGUGCCCAGAACAAGCUGCCUACCCCCGAGCCUGAGCCGAGGGCGAAAGAGGCUGAUGCCAAUGGGAAGAAAAGAAAGAGGGAGGGUGUGGACGAGUCCGACCCCAAGUUGAAAGAGUACUUGGAUAUGAUGCGUCCGGGAAAAGCUACCUCAAGCAAACUCGAAGGCAUCUAUGGCCAGCAGCCUAGUGAACAGAAGGAUGUGGAGAUGGCAGUCGUUCCUGUGGAUGCCGAGAGUGACGAUGAAUACGAGACUAUCCCAGCCAAGAAACCAAAGCACCGCGGAGAAGCUGUUGAGGAAGCACCGGCCGCGCAGGUCCAUGCCCCCUCGCCCGUGGUCGAUCUACCACAAGCGGUUGACCAAGAAAUGCCCGACGCGAAAGAACCAGCUGAUGCAACAGAUGAUGAUUGGUUGAGAUCACGGACAAACAGAUUACUUGACCUCGUUGAUCCGGAUGACCAGUCAGCACUGCCGCCCCGUCCUGCACCACCUUCCCGGGCCCCAGCUGUGACGAGUGAACCUUCGUCUCCGGCAGAGGUAGAGAUGGACCAUGCCCCUUCGGAGGCUCCAGGCGAGCCUGCCGUUGAAAAAACGGACGAGGAAAUCGCAACGGAACAAAUCCUUCGCACAGGUAGGCUCUUUGUUCGGAAUUUGCCCUUCAGGGCCACCGAGGCCGAACUCGCGAAACACUUCGAGAAGUACGGAGAGACUGAGGAGGUACACAUUCCUGUCUCUGGUUCGGGACAAGGUAAGGGGUUUGCCCACAUCUCAUUCUCGGAUUCUGGCUCUGCCAUUGCAGCAUUACAGGAUGCGGAUGGCAAGCCUUUCCAAGGACGUAUCCUCCACAUUCUCCCCGGUCAACCGAAGAAGGACCAACAGUUGGAUGACUUUGCUAUCUCGCAACUGCCGCUCAAGAAGCAGAACCUUUUGCGCAAAAAGGCACAAGCAUCGACCAGUACUUUCAACUGGAACUCACUGUACAUGAAUCAAGAUGCUGUGCUUGCGUCAACUGCAGAUCGUCUUGGAGUCUCCAAAUCAGAGCUCCUCGAUCCCACCUCGACUGAUGGUGCAGUGAGACAAGCGGUAGCCGAGACGCAAAUCAUCCAAGAUACCAAAGCCUACUUCGCUUCUCAUGGUCUUAAUGUUGAGGCCUUCAAAUCCCAAAAGAAAGGAGACACAGCGAUUCUGGUGAAGAACUUUCCCUACGGCACAAGUCUGGAAGAACUGCGAAAGCUAUUCGAAGAGGCUGCCGGGGGCAACGUGCUCCAGGUUUUGAUGCCUCCAAGUAAGACGAUUGCAAUAGUCCAGUUCUCACAGCCUGUCGCGUGCAGAACGGCGUUUGCGAAAUUGGCCUACAGGAGACUGGGUUCAUCUAUUCUGUUUCUUGAGAAGGCGCCCGCAGAUCUGUUUGGAGACCAACAGACACCUGCACAGCAGCCUCAGGCUGAUCGCCCUGGUGGGGUGCAGAAAAUAUCUGGCACGGAUCUGCUGGAGCAAGCUGAUGACCAGGAUAGCCAGGACACGACGUCUCUUUACGUCAAGAACCUAAGCUUCGACACCACCACGGCACAGCUGGCGGAUGCGUUCAAAUCCCUGGACGGAUUCGUUCAUGCACAGGUGAAGACAAAGACUGAUCCCAAGAAGCCGGGUCAGGUGUUGAGCAUGGGUUUCGGCUUUGUGCACUUCCGCUCAAAGGCGCAGGCUGAGGCUGCUGUCAAGGCCAUGAAUGGAUUUGUGCUGGAUAACCACACCCUCGCAGUGAAGGCAUCGCACAAGGGCCAUGACGCGGCCGAGGAAAAGCGACGCGAAGACAAGGCCAAGAAGGCCGCAGGACAGAGGACCAAGAUCGUCGUCAAGAACCUCGCAUUUGAGGCUUCCAAAGCCGAUCUACGCCGCUUGCUCGGGACUUACGGCAAACUCAGAGUCGUCCGCAUUCCCAAGAAGUUUAACAGUUCUUCACGUGGAUUUGCCUUUGCGGAAUUCGAGUCGCCACGAGAGGCAGAGAACUGCAUCAGGUCGCUCAAAGACACUCAUCUGCUCGGUCGCAAGCUGGUCCUGGAUUACGCCGAGGCUGAGGCCAUCGACGCGGAAGAGGAAAUCGCCAAGAUGCAGAAGAAGAUCGGGGGACAAGUCAACAAGGUGGAGCUGCAGAAGCUUACCGCAGGGAAGGGCAGUGCCAGACAAAAGUUCGAGAUCGGGGAUGACAACGAGGAUAACGCAUGA